AUGGCACAACACACCUCAACCCUCCUGAUGCCCCGAAUGGACAUGGGCCACGGGGACAUGGAUGGACCAGAGUGCAAGAUUUCUAUGCUCUGGAACUGGUACACAAUCGACGCCUGCUUCAUUCACCCGUCCUGGCAAAUCACCACCCAGGGCGCCUUCGCUGCCACCUGCAUCGGCAUCAUGUUGAUGGUCGUCCUGCUCGAGUUCCUUCGGCGUUUGGGCAAGGAAUACGACGAGUGGAUCGUGCGUGACUUUCGAAGACGGUCGGCCUUGAUCAGGGAACAGCAGCGUCGUUUGCGUCAGCAACAACAGCGGCAGACUUCCUCAACUAGCUGUGACGGCAAAGGGGCUACGACAUCUGUAACUGAGAGGCGAAGAGGAGGAGGAUACAUGAGCACGAAGGCGACGACCACCACCCUGAAAUUCCGCGCUAGUCCUCUGCAGCAGUUGAUCCGGGCCGUUAUCCACGCUGUCAUGUUCGGAUUGGGCUAUCUGGUCAUGUUGUUGGCCAUGUACUACAAUGGCUACGUGAUCAUCAGCAUCUUGAUCGGGGCGCUGAUUGGCAAGUUUCUGUGCGAUUGGUUGACGGUCCAGUUCGAGAUUCCUGGUGGUGAUGAGGAGGAGGACAUGGAUAUGGAUGGUGGGUUUACCGAUGAAGUGCCGAGGCAGCAGGGAGUGGAGGACGCUACUGUUUGCUGUGGUUGA